AUGAACCUGCCAAUUCCCGAACUCAAAGUCACGCAAGGUUGUAUGAGUGCUACUUCAAAGAGACAGAAGGAGACACACCUGAGAGGAUCGAACACAGCCAGAGGAGCCUUCCAGCACCACAGACACUCACACAGACCAGCCACCAUGUCCGCCGCUGGAGCUACUGAGUACGACCCUGAUGCAGAAUUUGUGUACGACUACCAGACUCUUCGUAUUGGAGGUCUGACCUUCGUUGCAGUCAUCAUGAUCCUGUCUGUUCUCCUGCUGGCCAGCAACAAAAUCCGCCAAUGUGGAAAGCCCAGGCAAAGAAAGAUUGAAGAGGUUCACCUACCGUAGGACGGCUGGGCACUUGUAUGUUGUUGACUGUAUUGUGUGAGACUGCGUUCCUUUUGUAUUGAUAAACUGUAGACCCAC